AUGUGGCUCGCCCGCUUAUGCACCAUUGGACGCGAUUAUCUGAAGUCUUAUUGGCGCCUCUUUCUCGCGAAUGAUCUCGAGAAUGGCGUCCUAUUACUUCACAUCGCAGUCAGGGUUAUCCCUGACGUGGACUCUGACAAGCUGAACUUGCUUCACGCGUUAUGCAAAGCUACGAUGGCGCGUUUCAAUCGUAGCGGAAGGCUAGAGGACCUCAACGCUGCGAUCGCUCCACUUCAGCGGGCAAUCAGCAACCUAGAGUCCUCUGGCGAUAUCAAGAUGUCCGGAUCAUGUUUACGCAAGGCGAAUCUUCACGCAGAACUCGCUGAUAUAUUCGAACUUCGUUAUCGAAUUCUAAACGACCUCAGUGACCUCGACAACGCGUUUCUAGGCUUGCGGACAGCGAUCAAUAUUCUACCCGACGGUCAUGCUGAGAGACCGACAUGGCUUGCACAUCUCGCGGACUUGUGUCGCCGGCUACGCUCAGCCAUAAACACCAUGUCUGACAUUCACCCUGACAAACCUGUGCGGCUUUCCGGUCUUGGCAUCGCCAUGCUAUAUCGUUUCAGCCGAACCAAAACACUAGAAGACAUCGAACUCUCCAUCUCAUCACUGACUCGGGCGAUAGAACUCGUUCCUGACAAUUAUACUGCGAAGACAGUCUGGCUCAGUUACUUAGGAAUUGCCUUGCUGAAACAUUACGAACGCUCGGAGAAGCUCGCGGACCUCAAACGCGCAGUCUCCACGUAUCAGCACGCCAUCAAGCUAGCACAAGGAAAGCCUUACUUGAAAUUGACGCGUUUUAUGUUUGCGGCCGUCGAGGGAUUCUUUGCUCGCUUUUGCACAUCGACACUGCAAGACCGUCAUGAUUUUGACAGUGUUAUUAUGUCCCUUGGACAUAUGGUUCGCCUUGUGUCGGAUCACCCGUUGAAGCUGCGUCUCAAUAAAGCUCUGUCCGAUAUGCUGUAUACACGAUCCUGGCUGAUGCAUCCACCGAACUCCACGAGGGCCGCAAUGCUGGUCUCGCUGCAUGCGCGCAUUUUGGAUCAGCCAGGCCUCGUUUUCAAUAUGUGGAGGAUUCUCUCGAAUCACGUGGACAACCAUACCGAAGAUCUUUCGUCUUCCAUGAUGGCGCUUUGCCUCGGCCUAGAGUUGGCGCCACAAGAUGAUCUCAUCAUGCGCGCAGGAUGGUUGUUCGAACUUCGGUCCGUCGAAAAGCGGUUUCAAGUCAUUGAGAGCGCCGACCUCGCAGCGCUGAACCGUGAAAUAGCGUCCUUGUGCGAUACCCUUAUCAAGAUACCUCCAUGGCAUGUGCACAUGAGACACAAGUUGUACCUUCUUGGUUAUCUUCUCAGGCUCCGCUUCAUACGAACGGGCGCCAUCGACGAUAUUGAUCACGCAACAAUGGCUUUUCACUACGCUUUUGAUCUCGGCAUCAUAGCCAUCGGCGCGGACGGCGCGAGGCGGGAUAUCUUUGCCAAUAUCGUUCACUGCCUACGCUUGCGUUUUACGCUCGCGCUCACUCUCCGAGAACCGGAAGAUGUAUUGACCGCAUGCCAUCGCGCGGCUCUACUUACUUCACCCAUCACUCAAAGGGAUCGGAUCGUUCGCCAGGAUCUCGAUCACAAGACCCGAAGUCGCUAUAUUCGAGUCGGCCAGUUCGAACAGGGCGGGAUCUCCGUACUGCGUUAUGCCGCACAGUACUCGGUUAACAUACAUUCGAAGUCAAAGCCAUACCCAAGAUCCGGCGUAUACGUCAAAAUCGAAUAUAAUCACUGCGUUGGUCAAUCAUCUUUCUGCGAACAUGGCAUCUUGUCCCUAUGCGAUAGUGUUCUCAGAUCCCAAACAGGCCUGCUCGAGCGUAUCAACCUCUUUGCCACCCUAGAUUCUGCAACAUCUGCAGUAUCGUCGGCGAUCAUGCUCAGGCCACCGGAUGGUGAUGAGCAUACUAUCUCGUCGCUGCGCGAGCUCGGAAACCUCCUUUGUUUACGCUAUGAGCGGACUUGGCACAUAGAUUACCUUCGUGAAGCGAUCGCAGUCUAUCGUCGCGCCGUUCAUAUGACCCCAGAGCAUAAUUCGAACAAGCUGUACCUUUACUUCAGCUUGGGUUUGGCCCUGCAGCGCAACUUUGAACGCUAUCAUCGUCAGAUCGACUUCAACGAGGCCACAUCACAAUUCAUGGCUGCUAUUCUUCUGCCGCUCGGGCUCAAUGGCAAUGUGUUGGAAAGAUUAGAUCUUGCGGUAUACUGUGUCAAGUUCAUGUCAGAGAACCCUGGAUUUAGCUCUCAAAGAUCUAUCAUGCUGGUGUACUCGCACAUCAUGAUGCUGGUGCCAGAGACCGUCUGGCCCGGUGAAAGUGUUCAUGAACGUUAUCAAACCUCCUAUGCCGUUGGGCCGAUCGUCAACACCGCUGUAGCUGCUGCCAUCGCUGCUGGGGAACGUUCAUUGGCAGUCGAGUGGCUUACAUCCGGGCGGUCGCUUGUAUGGUCCCAAACCGUGUCACUUCGUGUUCCUCUUUCAAAACUCAAGCGACACCACCCAGAGUUAGCACGCGCCAUGUCGGUGAUGCUCGACCUGUUCUAUGAGCGCCGAGAGCGCGUAUUUCAUCGUUCAGCGCACAGUGCGGACGAAAGAGGUCGUCCCAUGUUCCGUUCAAAGCCCACAAGAAAGGUCUCGGACCCUUACCGUGACCUUCACUUUAAGUACAUGCGCCUAGUAACCCGCAUUCGCAAGUGCGCAGGCUUCGGAGACUUUUUGCGCCCGAAAAAUCUGAGAGCACUACUUGCUUUGCCACCGAAGAACGCUCUCAGUGGCCAUGUCGUGUUUAUCAAUGUUGAUAAUGUUCGCUGUGACGCCUUGAUAUUAUUUCCCAGCGGCGGUAUCAGGGCCGUUGCCUUACCGAAGUUGACCUCGGAGCGAGCGGAAACACUUCGAUCCUUGUGGUCCGCGUACAUUGUAGAAGGAAGGGGCCGCGAACGUGGAAUCCCGGAGGACUUGGCCGGCAUCCAUACCAGGCCUCACAAACUCCUAUUGGGGCAACUGUGGUCAUGGAUUGUACAGCCGAUCCUACAAAAUCUGGGGUUCGACAUGAUUCCGAAGCAGAGCUCCGAGCGGUUGCCACACAUUACUUGGUGCCCCACAGGUCCGCUCACUCAGUUACCCUUGCACGCGGCAGGCAUAUAUGAUCUAAAGUCUGGUCCCCGUGUCUUCGACUUUGUUGUCUCAUCGUACACCCCAUCGCUCACUGCACUUGUGCGUUGCUGCCACGGGGUCAGUGAAAGGCGCCUGCAGCAGCCGGAUGUUCUCAUUGUGACCCAGCCCAAUACACCCGGUCAUGAAGCUCUUCCGAAAGUUGACGAAGAACGUCGACGCCUGAGGUCGUUAUUGCAUGGAUCGAAAAUCAAAAGCAAGGUCCUGGACGGUCAGAAUGGCACUGUGGAGUCUGUCAGAUCUGACAUAGACCGAUAUGCUUGGGUUCACCUUGCCUGUCACGGCUCGCAAGAUUAUAGAGAUCCAGCGCAAAGUGCAUUCGCGCUUCACGACGGUCGUUUGACGAUGAACUCGUUGAUGGGCAUAACGGCAGACUAUGCCGAGCUUGCCUUCCUCUCGGCUUGUUCAACAGCCACUGGAGACAAGAAUAUUCCCGAGGAAUCUGCGCACCUCGCUGCAGGAAUGCUGAGCGUAGGCUUCAAAGGUGUGGUCGGCACCAUGUGGGCAAUCGAAGACGACUGUGCGCCGAUAGUCGUGACCGCGUUCUAUCGACAUCUGUUGCACUUGCGUGAGACGAAAGCGGUACGGAGAGGAGAAACCGGUGCCGCGUAUGCACUUCACGAAGCAACAAGGCGAUUGAGGAAGCGAUCAGGCGAGGAAAAAUUUGCGAAAUGGGUCCCCUUCGUGCAUUUUGGCGUGUGA